UUCUGAAAUUUUCCAUCCAUUAUCUCGAAAUACUUCUUGAACCAAAGUUGUAGCCCCGAACGAUACGAAUCCAGCCCAACAAACGGCUCGCGAUUUCGUUAAGUAACGAAGAAGAUAUGGCCAAAAUACCGGGACUGCGCCAGUGGUGGCGAGCUCCUCGGGUUGGCAUGUUUUUCUUCACCAAAUUCAUAUUAUUUCAUUCCAAGAACUUACCAUAAACUCUCUAACACUUAUUAGGAACAUCCGGAAGGUAUCGUAGAGAAGAUUCGGCGUUAGAAUAUUGAAGUUAAUGAGAUAAUCGUCGGAAUCGUUGUUCGUCGGAACAUCCAAAAUCCUGGCAGCAACUAUGAGUCCACUUGUGAGCUAUAUUUGACCACUUUAAACUCAUUUUAACAUGGUUUCUUCACGAAAGUUAUAGCCUUACAUCUUAGGAAUCCACAGAAUCAAACGGUUUGCAAUUCCGUGAAGAAACGAUGGAGAUAUGCCCAAAUUACCGCAGGCUGUCCAGUUGUGACGGAAAUGACAAAGUUGGCAAAUUUCGAUGUUGUUUCCACUCCCGCUCAUCCGUAAGGUUUCGGUCGAUGAUUUCCAGGUCUGUACCUUUGCGUUAGACUUGUCGAAUCAUUCAACACAUGCGUACAUGAACAUAUAUGUUAAUCCAUAUGUUGAAAUCAUUCCAAAAUAUAUGUGUGGUGCAUAUAUAAGUCAUCUUUGUGUUAAAACCAUAAUACACCAAAUCCAUAAAGUUAUUAUAUAAAUACAUGAAUAUAUAUAAGCAUUUGAAAUCAACCCAAAAAUAUGAAUAUAUUAAUCAAAGGUGUUUAAAAGACUUAAAGAAGUAUUUUUGGAUACUCAAAAUAUCAAGAGAUAGAUUCGCAGACCCAAACGGUCGAUGCAAACGGUCGACCGUCGUAUUAAACUUUGAAACAGACCACGACUGUCAGCCAAACGGUCGACCGCUGGUGGCUGACGGUCGACUCCCGCCCGUCCAGCCGAAGUCCGCCAUCCGCAGCCAGUCAACAACGGUCGACUGCCGGUCAACCACGGUUGACCGUCACGGUGAUUCUCCAACCCGACGCAAUGAAGUUCAAGGUCGACCGUCCCGCCAAACGAUCGACCGUUCUGAGCCCCGUAGUUUAAUUAAAUGAUAUUUUUAUCAGAUUUCAUCCAAAUAAAAUAAAGUAUAUUUAUCCAAUCAUGUUGUUUACCAAUUGUUCAUAUCAUGUGAUUCAUUUCAUCAUCCAUAUUGAAACAUAUCACAUCAUGUGCAUGCGCAAGAGAUCAGGCGGAAGUGCGUCUCUUGUAGUUGUGAUUGUGCGGGACUUAGCAGUCCGACAUCACGGAUCGGGCUUAGUGUACGUACAUGGUACUUAGGUUUUCAAGUACCACCCAUAUUUCUGCGUGAGUUCGUCGUACCAAAUGGGCGAAUCUCAUAGCUCAAGGCUCGUCCUUGCGACUUAGAAUCAUACAGCAUGAAGUCAUCAUCAAGUAAAAUCAUCAUGACUAUGUGUGACAUCCAUUACGCAUCAUGUUAUCAUCAUCAAGUACAUCGAUUACAUAGAUGUCAUGUAUUCAUCAUCAAGAACAAGUAUAUUGAUUAUAUGAGUAUCAUGUAAUCAUCCUCACAAGCAAAUUGAUUAAUUGUGUCAUCAUCGGUUUCGCUGAGCGUGUAGUUUGUAUUUUUCGUUGACUACACGUAGGUAACAAAAAGAUAAUGAUGGAACCAUUCCCGGAGGGCAUUGAGUCAGAGGAGAUGCAAGGAUAGCAGGCAAAUGUCUGAUCAACAUAUUUUAAAAUAUGUCAUGAUUUGAUUAUUAUUGUACUUCUGCAUUACUCUGAAAAUAUUUUUAAAUGGGUCGCGAUCCAGAGUCUGUAAAUUUAAUAUUUAUAAUAAAUUGUCAUUUUCAAAUGUCAAGCGAAAUUUUUAUUUAUCCCUCGUUUCACCUUAAUUCGUGUAAUUCCGGGUUAUACGGAUUGGGGUGUUACAGGUUUCAGAGACUAUAUAUAUCACGAUUAUGGAAAGAGUAUCUCACAUUCUCACAUUAUGGAAGGAACUUCUCGAACACUUCCUUAGACCAUAAGAUUCGUUGGUCUACUUGGUAGUCAUUCUCUAGGUAGAAAUCCAAAGUUUAUGGCUACCGCGGUAGAUUUAGGAAGGGAAUUGUUAAGAAAAAAAAUUAAACUUGCCUAUGGAGGAGGUAGUGUUGGCCUUCAAGGAGCUGUUGCUUCAACAGUCUUUACCAAUGGUGGUCUCGUUAGAGGUUUCAUUCCUGGGUACAUAGCAACACGACGGGUCUAUGGACCCACGUACGGUGUAGAGCACACAGUUUCUAGUAAUUACUACAAAUAUUUUGAGAUGAAUCAUGCCGUGGAAACUUUCAUUGUUCUUCUCGGAGGAGUUGACACUAUGGAAGGUUUGUUCACCUUGAUCUCGUGGGCUUCUAAAGGGUUACACAAUGAACCCAUUGGUCUCUUAAACAUUGACGGUUAUUUCAAAAACCUUCUCAAUUUCUUAGAGGAUGCGGUGAGGCAGAACUUCAUGGCUUCCAGUCAGAGGAAACUUUUUAUUUCUUCUUUCUUUGUUGAUGAGCUUUUAGACAAACUAGAGUUUGCUAAAGCUUUCCUGGGAUCUGGUGCUAGUUACGAUGAGUUUGCAAAUCCUGGGAAAUUAGACUUAGAAUUGCAUCUGUAACAUUCCUCAUAUGAUCUAAGUUGUAUUUUGUGUUGAAAUGAUAUUAUCCAUAAAUAUUAUUCUAUGCUACCCAAACACCCCUUUUUAUAGUGCCAAAAUAGGCUCCAACGGACCAAUGCAUUAAAGGGGUGAUUAGCUUGAUUUUAUGGGGUUGAUUAAAAAAAGGAUCUGCAGGAU